UAUAACAAGAAGAAGAAGCACAACGUCCGAAAUUAAGCUGCUAAAACCCACAAUUUAACCGAUUCCCACAAUUGGAAUUCAAUUAAUCAUAUUUAAACAUUUCGCUCUUAGGUGUUGGAUCAUCAAAAAUGUCGGAAACAUGCCAUUUAAACCGGCAGAUCUCUUCAAUUAUGGACACUCUAGUCGAAGCAGCUGUGAGAGAUAUCUGUAAAGUUGUUAAGGACAGCUAUGCAGCGUUACGGUUCGAAGUAUUUAGAAGCGAAGAAGAAAUCAAAGACUUAAAGAGAAGGCUUAAAUUUGCCAAGUUUAGUAGUGAAACGGCGACCAGCGCUGUUCAGACGCUGGUCACUACCUCAUCGAGAAGAACCAACUGUCCCGCUAAUGUCAUGUCUGAUGAUGAUAAACAUGGGAACGUUAGCUAUGUUUAUCAAACCAAGCCUGAAACAGUUUUCACACCGGUCACACCCGAGGGUUCCAAGCAGAGCCCCUCAGGAAUGAACCUCAGCAUCAACGCUGAAGUAUGUCUGGCCGCCAGUAAGGACCAGCGCCACAUCACGUGCUUGCAGUUUGGAGAGAGUCCACGGAUAGAUAAGUGCACCACGUGCUGUUCCCUCUACCACUGCCCCUUCUGCCAGCCCUCUGUGUUCAAACCCAAUGAGUUCCACAGGAUCGUCCCCCACAUACAGACACAUCAGAGCCGAGCAAUCCACCAUGACGGGUUUGUAAUCUACAAGUGCAAUUUGACCUGUAGAAAGACGGCCCACUUCCAUUGUUGCUACUGCACUGAGACCAUUAUCAACAAAAGCUCCUUUCAGACUCACAUCCUAAACUGUCGACCACGGACGUCACGGCCUGCUGAACAAUCUCAACACCCUCCUCCUCCUCCUUUUUCUUCUCCUCCCAGCCCCAAAGGGCCCUCUGCAACCUCUCCUCCCAUCACUCCCACCCAGCGUGCCUCUCCAGCCCAGCACCCAGGCCACUCUCCCAGCCCCGGUCCUGACGCAUCUCCAGACAUGGCCGCCUCUCAACUGGAAUCUGAACCGGAAUCUCCGGAACACAUGUCCUUCAGCUACCCUCUGACCCCUGGGCUGGACUCCACCCCCACGGCGAGCCCAGCCCCCUCCUCAUCCGCGCUCACCCACUGCGCUCUGAGAAAGGACACUCCCGGCAAUUCUGCUGCAGCGACCAUGUCUGGGGCCCAGACACCAGAGAGGACGGAGCCAGCAUCGGGCUCUCCUGACCCCUGCAAGAUGCUAGAUCCAAGAAUAUCCAAGAUGCAGUGCCAAUUCUGUGGCAUCAUCCUGAACCGGAAGAAUUUCAAGGUCCACGUAAAGAGGAGGCACAAGGAGGAGUUUUUGGAGCUGUUGAACCAGGAAGUGCAUAACCGGGGUCCGGCGGACUCCAAGAUUUCCAGGGUCCAGUGCCAGCACUGCGGCGUGACGUUGAACAAAAAGAACUUCAAGGUGCACAUGAAGAGGAGGCACAGGGAGGAGGUCAGCCCGGAGUCUUGGGGGGAGGUCCUGAUGAAGUCGCUAGCAAUGGAGCGGCAGCCCCAAGGGGUCAUCCCUUGGAGGAAGGUCAAAGUUCGGUGCGAGCGCUGCGGCCUGACCCUGAGCAGGUGCAGCUUCCGGGAGCACAUGAGAAGGAAGCACCAUGAGGAAGUGAGCCUUUCCACUUUCCAAGAAGCGCUCAACAACUUUCUGGAGGACAUGGGGCUGGUUGCCGUGGAGACGGCGCUGUUCGCGUCGCACGGAGAGGAGGGCGGAGAAGACGAGGAGGAGGGGCGGGACGACCACAACGACCUAAGCCUGGAGGGAGGGGAGAAGCAAGCGGACCCCGAUGACUUCUUGUCUUUUGAGGCAGGACAGGCUACCAGACGAGGACAGGAGGAAAGACUUCUCACAAUGAUGAGCAGCCAAUGGUACCCUCCACUUAGGAAUCCUCAUUUCCUCGAGCUUCCUCUAGAGUCCAUGGUGUGGAUCUUCAGGGAAGUUAUCCGUUAUGACGGAAGGAGGGGCUACUGGAACCUCUCACUGGUCUGCAAAACCUUCCGCACCAUCCUGAGGAAUGACAUCAUACGAAACUACUCACUAGGUCAGACCUCCUGAACUCUUCAACUCAUUAACAGUUGAAGCCAAUGUGUGUUCAUGUACUACAGCCAGAGAUGGGAAGAUGAAUGUUAAUUGUAACGUUGCUACAAACCUAGGUAUAUAUGACCUAAAAUCGUGUGCAUUGUGUCAGAUUAUUCUGUAGCUGUAUUUUAUAAAUGAAAUAAAAGUAAAUACUGACCUAAAAA